AUGGCUUCUCCGGCACAAGUCCCCAUUCUUGACCAUUUUGUCAUCCUCGUAUCUCACAAAACUCUCCUGGAAAUCUCCAAAUACACCGAGGGGCAGUUUACUUUAGCACUAGGUGGAAACCAUGCGGACGGGCUGACAACCAACAAGCUGGUUCUUCUCCCAGACGGUGUAUACUUAGAGUUCAUCGCAUUCUUCGACGACGUGGACCCGGAGAGACGUCGCCAACACCGAUGGGGCAACGAAAAAGAAGGAACUAUAAUUGACUGGGCCUUCACUUUGCCUACGGAAGAAGAUUUCAGCGCUGUUCAGCAGAGAUUUCAAAAUGCAAACAUCAAUGUCUCCUAUACAAAUCCCAUCGCGGGUGGUCGCACAAAGCCAGAUGGAACUGUUCUGAAAUGGGCAGUCUGCACCCCUAGAGAUGCUGGAGAUAAGGCUGUGGCCCCAGGAUCUCUGCCAUUUUGGUGUCUUGAUAGAACACCCCGAGGAAAUCGGGUUCCUUAUGAGUCAGAGCCAUAUCUCACUCGACAUCCCAAUGGGGUGCAAGGGGUCUCGUCCGUGUCGGUGCAGGUUCCCACUGGUAGUUCUUUGAAUAUACAGGGUGCCUACGAUGCUGUUUUCAAUGGUGUUUGGAGUUAUAACGUGCCUUCUAGUUCAGCCGCCGGCAAGCGUGCAGUAUCUCUGUCUGAGGGUGAGGCAGGUAUUCGGCUCGUCUUUUAUGGAUCAAACCCUGGUCAGGUACAACUUUUGCCUGGGCUUCUUAUUGAUAUUGAGGUCUCGGAAUAG